AUGUCUACCACACUCUCUGCUUCCAGUUCCAUGAUAACCUACUCUCACCACUGGAGUCUUAACAACGGGAGUAUGGCUACCAAUAAUGCUGGUGCUACGGCGAAUGUAACAUUCAAUGGCACUUUUGUCCAAGUUUUUGGCACAAUCCCAGCGCUGAAACAUAAGACACCCGAGCCAGCUUCCUCCUAUAUCUUGGACGAUACAUCACCUAUUCAGUUCAAUGCUGCGAGAUUUGGGGAAACUAAUGAGGUUAGCAACUUUGCCUUUUACCAAUCCAAUCUGGAUCUGGCGAGUGGGAAGCAUUCGUUGGUGAUUACCUCCCUCACGAAUGGCGCGGACUUCAUCUUGGACUCGAUAGUCUUCUCGUCGAAUCUUACAGCAACAUCUCCAACAAUUGCGAGUGAAACUCCGAACCCCCCAUCAUCAUCUUCAUCCUCCUCAUCUGGAUCAAGUGGCGGCACAUCCAAACCCAACGUCGGGGGCAUAGUUGGGGGGACCAUUAGCGCUUUAGUAGUGUUAGCUGCUCUGAUUGCUUUCUUCCUGGUACAUCGGAGACGAAAACAACGAACUGCAAAGCGCCGGGAGGUUACUCCUUUUGUUCCAGAGCACAAUGGUUCUCCUUCCAUAGCGCCAAACUAUUCUCAAGACUCGUAUCUCGUUUCGUCCCCAUCCCCACAACCUCGAUAUGACGAAAAAGAACCGUUACCUAAAAUGAGUCCCGGCCUAUCGAGUCUUGUCCGUCAUGGUAGUAUGUACAAACCAAGACCUGAUUCGGAUAAUCUACCCCCCAUGGAAUUUGGAUAUGGUGGUGGGGUGUGA